AUGGAUGCUCGCAUCGCCAUGAACAGCGAGGAGAGGCGUCUGCCUCCUUCCUUUCACGCUGCGCCGGUCCCCGCCAACAUCAGCAUCACCUCGCAUCACGACCUGUCUCAGCGCCAUCGCGGCUCGUCCCAGUCUGACGGUCGCGAUCCCCACGUCGAGACGCCUCCUCAGCAGCCACUUCACGCCAGCAGCCCCGCCGCCGCGUCCGUCGACAGCUUCUCCUCCUACAUCAACAAAGACGCGCCGCUCUUCCAAAACCGUUCCAGCUCCCCACGCGCUGAAGACCAGCUCCGCGACAACAGCGAUCCAAGCUCCCGUGCUGGCAGCCCGCAUGCUCAACCGCGUCACCUCGUCACCACGCCUAUCGUCUCUCGCGACGCUUUCCGAAACCAGCCAUGGCCAGAACACGAAGCUUCGCGUUCAAUGCAAGGCGUCAUGUCGAUCGAACACCUGCACUCCACCCCCGCCCCUCUGCCUGUUCGUCCAUCCCAGCACGCGGUCACCGAGCGCGGUCUCGAACGCGACCGAAAUCAAGGAGCAGCCCUGGACGACACCGAGACGGCCGCGCCGAUGAUGGACACGAAUCGCGUGCCUGCCUCGCCGAGCCGAGCCAUUGACAUCAACCGCCUUUCAGCAGCCAACCUUGCGCAACAAGACCUGGAGAACGAGGACAUCAGAGACCUGCUCAGUCAAGGUCCUGGCUCCAUCCUGGCCGACGACUCGUUCGAGAGUAUCGGUAGCGUCAUGGGGGACGACUCCAAGAACGAGAUCCGUCGGAGAAGGCGAACGCGUCCGGACGAAGCCAACCUGCUCGCUCAGGUGUACGCAAAGAACCCGUUCCCGGAUCACGAGACCCGCCUCUUCCUUGCCAACCGCGUCGGCAUGUCCGUUCGAGCGGUGUCGGUCUGGUUCCAGAACAGGAGACAAGCUGAAAAGAAGAGAUCCGGAAGGUACGGUGGCUCGGGCGCUGCCCAGACGACUGCUGCUCCGCGUGUUCCGAGUGGCGUUCAAGCUCCUGCAGCUGCGGAAGGACCGCUCUCCCGACCGCCCAUCAUUCCGUCGCAACGCGUACCCUUUGGGAAUGCCAGCGCUAACGGUGCCGGUCCCGCCAAGGUCUUCGACCCGCAAGAGAUCAAAGACCUGAGCAGCAACAACAAGGAAAACAUCCCUCCUUGGCUGGCCGGUCGCGAUGCCCGCGCUCCGCUGCAGCAUCAGAUGGAGCAGGUCAAGCGUGGAACGCCCCUGACCAGCCUGCUGAAGAAAGAGGUCACCGCGGCGCGUCCAGUAGCUCACGACCUCCGUCAAGCGGUCGGUCCUGACGGUGCGGGUAUUGCUGUCCAUCGCGUUGAGGUCGACAACGUCGCGCCUGUGCAAGCUGCUGCAAAGGUCGACCGAGUGGUUGGCGUGGACAGCGCAAAGACAUCGCUUUCGCGUCAUCGAUCUGCGCCACGAAUGUCGCUCGAAGACGUGCUGGGUGGUCGAAGCAAGUCACUGCGACGCUCUGCCACCGAGCACGUUGCAGCGCCUUUGGCCAACGCCUCGAGCGAGAUGGAGGAAGAGCAGCUCGACACGAUCCUGCCGCCGCCCAAGCUCCUCUCGCGUGCCUCGAGCGCGUCGAACCUGAGCCUGAUGACCACUUCGGGUGGCAGGGCCAGCAUCGGUAGCCUGGACCUGCGCAAGGAGUCUACGCCCACUGCUGCAGCAAAAGACGUCAAGCCCUCGCUGACGUCGAGCCUGCCACCCAAGCUGACAGCGGCCUUGCAGAGACAAGGAAUCAUCGCGAUGCAUCCGGCGACGAACGAACAGGCUGUCAGGGGCAAGGGUCUGCUGCAGAUGAUGCCAAGCAGCAGCGCGUCGAGCAGCGAAGCGGAUGCGCUCUUUGGGAACGACCAGCGCAGGGACGGCGACGAAGAUGAAGAGCGAACGCUCAAGAUGAUUGCUCAGCGUCGAGCUGCCAAGGCUCAAGCAGCUGCGUUGGCCAAGGCACAGGAAGCCCGAGAGCGCGCUGCUUCCAGCAACAGCGCUGUAGCCCCUGUUCCGAUGGAUCCGGGCUGUGCUGACGCCAGGCAGGCGAUCGUUCAGCAGGCCCAGGCAAGCUCUGGCUCGUCGUCCCUCGUUAUCGAUGGUGCUUCGAUCGAAAGCUUCCCGAAGAAGUCUUCGUCAGCCGUUGUUGGACUGGGUCCGGCGCGACAGCUGAGCCUGGAUUGGGCAGCUGGCCGCGAUCGUGCCGCCACCUCGGCUCUUCCGAACAGUAUCGGUGGCACGCCGCUUUCACGCAGUGUCAGCGCGCGUCAGCUGACCGUGCCCGGUCCCAACGAGUCGACUCCGAUCGCUGAGCAGCGAAAGGUGACUUCCAUGUCGGAACCUAAGCGAAAGGUGGAUGCUUCGAAGCCGAGUCGCCGUUCCUUGUCGGCCACUGACUUGACGCGCCGCUUGCAAGAGGCCAAGCGAAAGGGCGACACCGCCCAGCGCAGUGUCAGUGCUGGUCGUAAGCGCACCGCUGCCGCAGCUGCUGCGCCGGAUGUGAGGGACGAGAAUGUCGAUCCCGCUUCAGCGAUCAAAUCUGCGACUCAGGCUGCUCAGCCAGUCAAGCGUCGACGUGCGCAACUCGAAGACAUCGUUCUGGCUUCCAGCAUGGCCGAGCCAGCGUUGCCUUCCAAAUCCCACGCAUCGUUCAGCGCGGGCAUGCCAGCUCCCGCCUCACCCUUACUCUCCUCGCGUCCAUUCGCUUCCCACGCCUCAUUUCCUUCGGCCUCACGAAGCAUGCCCACCAUGGUCAUCCCCUCCACGCCCCAGAGCACGUCUCUGUACAGCUCCACUCUCCCGCUCAGCACGCGUUCGGAGCGCUUCCGUGCCAUCGGCGCUAGCCCCGCCGGCUCGCUCGGACGCUCCAUCUCGGCCAACUACGCUUCUCAUCGUCACGCCAUCCCGCGUGCCUCGGCUGCUCGGGACUCGGCCGGUCCCAACCGAGCCUGGGACUUGGGUCACGCUCGCGCGUAUAGCAACGGCGAAGACGGCUGGACGCCUAGGUCGACCAUGUCCCAGCCGCUGCCCGCUUCUACGCCGUCCAGAGUGCUCGGUGACCGAACGAACUUCGGUUCCACACCGAGCCACCACCGCACUCAUCUACCGGGCAACAGCUCGGGAGACAGCCCAUUUGUUCAUGACGACAGCGGCUUCUUCGAGGGCAUGAGCGAUGACGAGCAGCCCCUGCCCAGGCAGGCAGCGGGUGCGAAGUCGAAGGGUGGAAAAGGUCUCUCGCCUAGAAAGGCCUCGCUGAGGAGGAGCGGUGAAAGCGGAGAUGAUCACCAGGCUGCAGAGUUGCUUUUGGGUUUGGGAAAGACGGUUGAUUCGAGGGACAGCUCGAGCAGCCAGUAG